CGUUGUUGUUUCAUUCAUCUCAAUAUGUUUUGUUGUCUUGUGCUAUGUAAUUAUGUUAUCUGACAACCCUACCAAUACCAUCUCUCUUCUCUCCUUUCCCAUAACUCUCUUUCUUUUUCUUCUCUAAUCUUAUCAUCUCCUUUUUAAGUAUCGCCUUACUCAUUCAUUCAUUCAUUCUCCUCUUUUUCAUACAAAAGCCUUUCCACCUUUUGUCUUUGCUUCUUCUCAAUCACACUACUACUUGCCUUCCCUUUAUAUUAUAUCCCUCCACAAUCCUCCUACUAUGCUAAUUGCUUAUGUGACAGUAUCAUCAUGAUAAGCUAGUCAAAGUGUAGAAGAAGUUAUAGCUCUUAGAAGAUUCAUAUAAAUGAUGACUCCAAACUUAAACUUGGAACCCGAAAAUCCUUCCGAAGCGCCUCGCGAUCUUGGCUCCAUGACGCUUGACUUGACACUCAAUAUCAGUUCGAGUGAUGGCGAGUUUAAGGCUUCAAGUGAUGCUAGCAGUGAAGUGGGAGCUACUGCUGAAGCUCAUGCUUCGCCGCCAUCGGUAACUCCAAGGGUUUUCUCUUGUAAUUACUGCAGGAGGAAAUUCUUUAGCUCGCAAGCGUUAGGAGGUCAUCAGAAUGCUCACAAACGGGAGAGGACGAUGGCUAAACGUGCAAUGAGAAUGGGAAUGUUCACCGACAGGUACACAAGCCUAGCAUCACUACCUCUUCAUGGUUCGCCUUUUCGGUCCCUUGGCGUUGAAGCUCAUGGUGCAAUGCAUCAAAGAGCACAUAUGCAACCGAUUUCAUCAGCAAGGGCUCCUGAUAUGAGAGCUGCUGCGAAAUUCAAUAGAAACCAUUUCGGAUCAGUUGUUUUUGCGGAAGAUGACGAUGUAGGUUUCUUUUGGCCGGGAAGUUUCAGACAGGUGGAUCAGGGAGGUGGUAUCGUUGUUGGAAAUUCUAGUUUUGCUCCAAUGGCACCUCCUCCACCACAAGCAUCUACAUCUCCUGAUCUCACUUUGAAGCUAUAAGAUUCAAGAGAUGAUACAAGCCUUUUGGUAAGGUGUUAGUUCAGUAGUAGUAAGAGUUCGACCGUAUAAUGUCAAGGAUCGAAGAAGUACAGCUUUUCUCGGGAACAAUUGUAAAAUAGUCAUUAGAUAAACCCUUCACAAAAUAAUGAGCUAGUGAUUGUAAGAACAUGUGGAUUCAUUGUUUAACAUUAGGCCAAAAAUUAUCAAUCACUCAUUCAUUAUUAUUGUUAUUUUUGGUGAGGGGUUUAUCAUGACUUUAUGCAGGUUCUGUCAUGUAACUUUUUUAUUUUAGAUUAUUUUGUCUUUGAUCUCAUUCUAUUAAGACCUGAAAUUAUUAAGUAAUGUAGCUUGCAUUUUAUGUGUA